CUAUAUUGCGUACACGCCGCGGUCUGUACUCAUAUAUACCUACCGUGUGAAGUCGCAGUGCGGCUGAUUUCCGAUUUUCGUAAGUUAAGCGUGAAAAGGAAAAUAACAGUGAACGUUAAUCUGAAUCCGUUAGCAGUGGUAAACAACGAAGUGGUAAACGUAGCCGAUAAGGUAAAACGGGAGGCGUGAAAUUAUGCAGUUUACAACACAACGAGGUGGUGGAAACUAAGGUGCGUCGUCGUUCGUGAAAAUUGUGACCUAAUCGAGCGCGGCCGUCUAGCCGUGCGUUGUUUUCACCCAGACGGGAUAAACUCGAGAUAAGUACGUGGUAAAUAUGCCGGGGCGUAACGUCGUGCACGGCGUCAUGCCGCCCCAUUAUCUUCACGAGUUGCCGGCUGAGGAUGAGGAGCGACUCGAGAAGAUAUUCAACAAACUCGACCUGGACGGCAACGGGAGGAUCGACGUACACGAUUUGUCAAAGGCCCUCCACGAUGUCGGGGUGCAUAAGCGAUACGCCGAGAAAUUUUUGGCGGAGUCCGACCGAAACCAGAGCGGCGACAUCAGUUUGGCAGAAUUUAUUCAUUACGUACGAGAACACGAGAAGAAUCUACGCCUGCAAUUUUCGAACUUGGACAAAAAUCGAGACGGAAAAAUUGAUCUGGAGGAACUGAUCAGAGCUUUUAAAGACUUGGGCGUUGAUAUGGAUCGAACAGAAGCGACUAAAUUAUUGCAGAGGAUGGACCAGGAUGGAAGCUUAAAUAUCAGUUUCGACGAAUGGCGUGAUUUUCUCCUUUACGCACCGACUAACGACAUUCACGAAUUGAUCCGCUACUGGCGACACUCGACCUACCUCGACAUCGGUGAGGAUAUGGGCGUACCCGAUGACUUUACCAAAAGCGAAAUGGUCUCGGGUAUGUGGUGGAGGCAUCUAUUGGCUGGUGGAAUCGCUGGCGCUGUUUCACGAACCUGUACGGCACCCCUCGACCGUAUUAAAGUAUACCUACAGGUACAUGGAACGAGACAGUGUAACAUAUCAUCCUGUUUCAAACACAUGCUGAGAGAAGGUGGUGCGCUAAGUCUCUGGAGAGGGAAUGGUAUAAAUGUACUUAAGAUCGGUCCUGAAACUGCACUUAAGUUCAUGGCCUAUGAACAAAUUAAGAGAAUGAUAAAGGGAGACGAUUUUCGAGAACUUAGCAUUUACGAAAGAUUCAUGGCUGGAUCCAUUGCCGGUGGGGUCAGUCAAUCAGCCAUAUAUCCACUCGAGGUACUAAAAACGCGGUUGGCUCUUCGAAAAACAGGGGAAUUCACCAGCGUCAUAGACGCGAUGCAGAAAAUUUAUAGUUCCGGUGGUCUCAAAUGUUUCUAUCGAGGAUACGUUCCCAAUCUCAUUGGAAUACUGCCGUAUGCCGGAAUUGAUCUGGCUGUUUACGAGACUCUGAAGAACAGUUACUUACGUACGCAUCAGAAAGACGAACAUCCGGCAUUCUGGCUUCUGCUGCUUUGCGGAACGGCUUCAAGUACCGCUGGUCAAGUCUGUUCGUAUCCUCUAGCUCUAGUCAGAACUAGGUUACAAGCUCAAGUAACACCAUACAGAACUCCGAAUACGAUGGUUGCUGUAUUUCAAGAUAUACUUCACCGAGAAGGUUUUCGUGGGCUUUAUCGAGGCUUGACGCCUAACUUUUUAAAGGUUGCUCCUGCAGUAUCCAUUAGCUAUGUUGUAUACGAACACUUCAGACAAGCUCUAGGUGUUAACAUGACGUGAUGAAUAUAUUUAUUAGGGGACAUUAAUUCUAUUAAAUUAUUCUGUAAUUAUAUGAUAAAAGUUAUGCUAAAUCUGCAAGUUAGCAUGAAGCAAGCCGCGCAGGCAGGCCUGCACGCUACUUCGCCUUUCCUUCCUUUGACUAAAGCAGCUUAUUUCUUACUGAACUCGUCAUAAAUGUUAUAAAUUAUUUGCUAUUUAACAGUUUGGAAGAAACAAAGAAAUUUAAAUAUAAUAAAAUACAAUCAAAACAAUUGAUAUCGAUGCUACAAGAGUUGCCAGAGGGAAAGGAAAGAUAUUCCAACGUUAUCAAGACAGUCCAGGCGGAUGGUGCUCUUCCGGUGUAGAGUGGAGUUAUCUUAAAAAUUGAGGAUAGCAAAAAGUGGAUUAAUCGGUAAAUUGAUUGUUGGAUCAAAAAUUCAAUGAUUCGGUUAAAUGGAGAUACGGGCGUUAAUUAAACCAGCAAAAGAAUAGGGGGAAUAUGCUACUUAAAAACCAUUCGAAAAAAAAAAUCAGUUCAGGAUAUUAAUUAUAUGUGGACACUUGAUGUUGUGAUAUACUCAGAUUUUUUUGCUCCUUCCGAUUCAACAAAAUUUUGGUGACCUAACGCUAUCGUACAGCCACUAGAAGUAACGAAUUAGUAGCCUAAUGAUUAUUUACAAAAUGACAUCCCACUGCGUGCCUGCAAAAGAGAUCGACUGAUUAGGGAUUUUUCGAAUUCCACAUAAAUGUAUAAAUAUCAAUAUUACUCGAUACCAUUCAUACCCUGGUUAUAAUAACCAAUGUUGCGUUAACAAAGUUCUUCUGUAUAUUGCUAUCGUUACGAUUGUAGUGGAAUGUUUGUAUGAUGUGAUAAUAUAUAUAUAUAUAUAUGUUUGUGUGAUUAUAUAUAUAUAUAUAUAUAUAUAUGGGACAGAUUUUCGUAUUACAUACGGCAGGCCGAUUUGGCCACCUAUUAUUGUUGGGCAAGUACCAACAGUUGAUUAGGUAUUUUAUAUAUACGAUUUUCUGGCAGUAUGAACUGUGAAAGUAGAUGCUUUUAGUACGGAAUAUAUGUACAGAUAUUUUAGCUGUAUAUGGGACUGAUGAUACACGACUUUAAGCAAGGAACGUUGUGAAUCGAUUGAAUACUUCCAGUAAUUUUUGUUUCUAUUUAUAUGUAUGUAUGUAUGUAUAUUAUUAUUAUUAUUAUUAUUAUUAUUAUUAUUAGCAGCUUCGCACGAAGCAUGUAGGUGUACCGUGUAGAGUAUAUAUUACAUACAAUCUGCGUGACGUCUUUUUCUACGAUGAGCAAAUGUAAUUUAUUGGUUUUUAUGUUUUUGAUUAUUGUUUAUAAUAGACUCAGUUCCUUGGAGGCUGCAGGCACCAGUUUUCACUUGUAGUUAUAAUAAAUACUUUAUGAUAUCUCUUAUAUCUUAAAUAUUAUAAAUGUGAUUUCCUCUGACAAGCAGGAGAAUUGUACUUUGCUGAAUAACUAAUUCUUCAUUCAAAUUAUUGUUGUUAUACAUUUUUUCGCUCUAUUAUUAUGAUUACUGCUAUAAACUAUUAAUUCUAUAACUACUACUACUACAACUAGUACUACUAUUACUACUCUUACACCAUUACGAUUGCCUUCUAACAUUGUUAAUACUGCUAUCGCCACUGUUACUAUUCCUUGCAUUGAAAUCACACAAUAAUGUCUUUCGUGAUUCAUCAACUAAGUGCAGUGUUUAAUCAAUUACUUACCACAAUAAUUUCAGUUGUAUUCUGUAUUUCAAUGGUCAACUGUGACGCAGUAUUACCUACACUAACAAUAAGUAUUAAGCUGUAAUUUUUUUUUUCUUUCGUUUACUUUCCGUCUUCGACGCUAGCAUGCUUCGGAUUUCCCGUUACAUUAUAGAAUUGAAGUAAAAAAGUGAAAAAAUAAAAACAAAAUUACUGAUUA